AUGUUAAAACUAGGAAUUUAUUUGUCCGUCGCGCUUUUUGCCUGUACUCUAUUUGUGGUCCAGGCUAAAUCCUUGCAAGAUGACAACAAGGAGAGACUAAAAAGGAUAGAGGAUCAGCAGGCGGAUAUCCAUCAAUCAGAAUUGGGCACUUAUUCCGAAUUUUCCACAAAGGCCUCCUGGCCGAAUUUUAAGCAAAUCGGUUCUAGGUAUUUCUACAUCGAUAGCAGUAGUAAAUACACUUGGGAAGAAGCCGUAAGUGCCUGCCGCGAUUUGGGUGGCUGUAUAGCCGCCAUUAAAGAUCAAGAGGAAUUGGAUGCCAUCGCAGAGGAACUCGAUGCCAAGCGAUAUUGGUUAGGCAUAAAUGAUCGGACCAGAUGGGGCGACUACGUAUCCGAGGCAUCUGGAAAGAAAGCCUUUUUGAAGUGGCAACGGGCAGAACCCAACAACGAGGGCAACAAUGAGCGCUGCAUUGAACUUUUAAACGCCGAAAUGAACGAUUUGCCGUGCUCCUAUAAGUUGAACAUAAUUUGCCAAGCUGACAACAAUGUAUAA